CUGGGAGCACAGAUUAUUACCCCCCGUUAGCAUGGACGAAAGACGCAUGUAUCAUAGGUGUUGCAACCGCAUCAACUCCAUCCCUUGGUUUGUCUUCUUCUGUUGUGUGCUCAACUUCUUGGAAGGCUAUGCGGUGAACGGGAUCACGAGCAUCAACCUAACGGCGCUGGAGGUUCAGUUCCAGCUGACGAGCACGCGGUCAGGUCUGAUUGCCAGCGCCACCAACAUCGGAGCCCUCACCUGUGUCCUGGCUGUCAGUUUCCUUGGGACAAGUAGACAUAAGCCCAUAUGGACGGGGGCAGGCGCCAUGGUCAUGGCUAUUGGAUCAUUGCUCUUCAUCGUACCUCACUGGGCAGGAGGCAACUACCAGUUCUCAGGAAAGACAAAUUCUGAUGUCCUAUGUGACAAGAACAGAAAUAUUUCUAGCCCUGCAGCGCCGCCUGGGGGUGAGUCCCCAUACCUAUGGGUGUUGAUGUUGGCGAACGCUCUCCACGGAGCGGGAUACACUCCACUCUACACCCUGGCUAUAGCUUACAUCGAGGAGAACGAAAACUUCCAGCUGGCUGGAUUUCAUGUCGGACUAUUUUAUGCGUCGGCAGCUGUCGGUGUGGCGACAGGGUUCUUGUCAGGAGGUCAAUUCCUACAGUUCUACGUGGAUUUUGAUCGCGUCGACAUGGACAGCAUCAACCUGACCCCGAAUGAUCAGGGCUUCUGGGUGGGUGCCUGGUGGCUGGGUUACAUCGUGUCUACCGCGGGCUUUGUCUUGUUUGCUCUGCCGCUGUUCGGCUACCCGAAACACAUGAAAGGAUACAAAGACAGCGGAACGGACAAGCCGAGAGACGGAGUUGGGUUAGAUAAGAGAAUAGUGCGGAAAACCUGCCUCAGUUUUGCCAUGGCCUUCGUACGUCUGUUUCGUAACCCGGUGUUUGUCCUCCUUACUCUGGCUGCGUCUUGUGUAGGGAUGAUAAUCAAUGGAAUCAGUUCGUUUUCUGCAAAGUAUCUCUACGAGCAGUUCGGAAUUCGCUUUGAUGUCAUAGGCUAUAUUCUGGGUGGCCUGAUUGUGCUUGGAUCCGGCGGAGGAAUGGUUUUAGGAGGCGCCCUCGUCCGUGUGAUGAAACUCGAGAUACGCGGGAUAGUCAGAUUGUGUCUGAUUUGCGUUCUGGUUGGUUCCUUGAGUGGCAUCGCCCUAUUGGCGAGGUGCCCGGAUGUGAACCUCGUGGGUCUCAACUCACAGUACGCCAACGACAGUUCUGAAGAAAACUUCGUUGCGAGCUGUAACGUGAACUGUGCAUGUGAUGCAAUGCGCUUCUCCCCGGUCUGUGGAUCCAACUCUACUGUCUUCUUCUCCCCAUGUCACGCCGGCUGCUCUCACGCUUUCUCUCCGCUGGAGUAUACGAACUGCACGUGUGCUGCCGUGAUGGAGGCUGCUGCUGGAAUGGCUCCUGGUGGAGAGGUGAAGGUUGGACGCUGUCCGGAUGGCUGUCAGAUGAUCUAUGUCUUAAUACCAUUCUUGCUACUCAUGUUCCUAUCCGUGUUUACUAUUACGACACCGGUUUCCAUGGCAACGCUGAGGUGUGUACAGGACGACCUUCGACCAUUCGCCCUUGGCGUGCAGUGGACGGUUAUGAGGCUUCUAGGCUUUAUCCCGGGCCCAGUGUUCCUCGGCUUUGUCAUCGAUCAGUCAUGCGCGCUGUGGUCGGCUGCCGACGACCAAGGCGUGUGUCUGCUGUACCACAAAGGAAGCAUGGCCCUGUAUGUGGCUUUAUGGUGGAUUGUUAUGACAAUCGUGGCCUUCCUCUUCUUCGUGACUGCUUGUAGGAUAACGGAACGAAGAGCAUCCAGAGAACACAGAGUCACAAAGGACUAAAUCCAAAGAACACAGUGUAACAGACGACUGAAUGCAGAGAACACAGAAUCACAAACAACUAAAUGAAGAGAGCACACUCAGAAACGACUGAAUCCAGACAACACAAAGUGACAAACGACUGAGUCCAAACAACACAAAGUGACAAACGACUAAGCCCAGACAACACAAAGUGACAAACGGCUGAGCCCAGAGAACACAAAGUGACAAACGACUGAAUUCAGAGAACACAAAGUGACAAACGACUGAAUUCAGAUAAUACAAAGUGACAAACGACUGAGCCCAGAUAAUACAAAGUGACAAACGACUGAGCCCAGAUAACACAAAGUCAAAAACUACCAAUGUCCAAAUGAUACUCUGAAGCAAGCGUUUAUGCAACUCGUGAAUAAAACAGAGCCACAAACGACUGCAUCCAGUGAACACAGAGCCACAAAUGACUUAGACCAGACAACACACAGUGACAAAUGACUUAUUCCACACAACACAAAAUGACAAAUGACGUAGUGCAAAGAACACAAAGUGACAAACGACAGUCGAGACAACACAAAGUGACCAACGACUUAGUCCAGGCAACACAAAGUGCCCAAUUACGUAGUCCAGAGAACACAAAUUAACAAACGACCGAGUCCAGAGAACACGGAGUGACAAAUCACUGAGUGCAGAGAACACGGAGUGACAAAUGACUGAAUUUCAGACAACACAAAGUCACAAACGAUUGAGCUCAGACAACACAAAGCCACAAAUUACCAACAUCGAAAUGAUUCUCUGGAGCAAACGUGUAUAUAAUUUUCAUAUAAUAAUAUUCCUCGAAUUCAAACACAGUCUGUUCGGCUAUAAAAUAAUUGACACUGUUCUGAUAAUUUUACAACACCAUAUUAAUAUCCGUGUAAAGCCU